GGCUCCCUUUUUUAUCCUAUGCUCUUCCAACUUACCUACUUACACCAUGAAUGCCCAAUAUCCCAGUGCCAGGUAGCUUGGAGGCGGAUGUAAUGGAUGGGUUGGAUGGGUGGAUGGGUGCAAUCUGUUUGAUUGCUUAGCUGGAGUUGGCUGUCGAUCUUCGCCUAGGGGCUAUUCUCGCUGCCAUGGUCCCGGUAGUGGUAGUAGCGGGUUUCUGGGGGAAGCUUCCCCUGGAGCUGAUCGAGCGGAUCUUGGAUUUGUUGAUCGACGACUACGACCAGGACCCUGCAUAUCAAUGGACCACGUUACGGCACAUGGCCAGGCGGCAGAUGCGCCGCAUCGAACGCCACUUCUAUCGCCAGUGGGUACCGAAGCUCACCAUCACGCUGUACUCUGGGUCCCGGUGCCAGAUGGACUACACGGUGGCCGAUCGUGAUAGAGAGGGUGUUAAUUUCGAGAGUGGACGGGUUCGGUUCCAGACGUCGGCAGCCAGCCCCUCAGAUUCCCUGAACAAGGACCAUAUCCGGACGCUGUGGGACCAGUACAGUUUCGAGAACCGGGUUGCACACCUAAGGUUGGGCGAGGGGGUCUUAUGCCGUGGCAUGACCGGUGGGUACAUCGUCAAUGACACAGACAUCGUCGAUCUGAAAGUGGAAAGCGAGGGGCUUGGCAUCACCUUCGAUUGGCGGCGGACGUUCGACGCGCUACUCCGGGAGGAGAUCAUGAUGCGUAAGCUCCAGGCGGAGAUGACCUUGGACAGAAGGGCCCAGCUGGCAGCUGAGAGGCGGUGGCCAACUUCUCCCCGGAUCCAGAGACUGGCGCUGGUCAAGCACUUCGUGUUGGAUGUGCAGAUGGCGAAGCGAGUCGCGGUACAGCAGCACCGUCGGAGGCGCUACGAUCCAUCUGGCCAGGCCAAAAUAGGGAGCUUGACCCACGAGUCGCAACACCUACACAAGCAGCCCUUGCCUACGCUAUCGCCUGCUCCAGAGCCGCGAAGGAGAUGCUGUGUCAUCUGCUCUCGCCGCACGAGUCCUUCGAUCUUCGAGGUCGUUAGCUGUGAAGAGAGCGUGGUAUUGAGUCUGGAAGGCUGGGAGCAACUUGGAAAGGACGAGUUGCUUGACUUGUAUGCUGAGGCAUAUGGCUGGAAUUGCUACAGGUGUCUGGGACAGGAGAAUAACAUGGACUGGCAGCAGAUAAGUAAGAACGACUGGCUUACCGUAUACGAUAGUGGUGCUGAGAAGCUACACAACACGCGAAGGUGGAAUCCUUGGUUCUAGCUACCUGGAUGGCAGUUGCCUAUAGAUGUUGUGUUG